AUGACCAUGCUCAAGGAACCCUCCAAGAAAUACAAGCCCUUCCAGGGCCCUAAACUCACAAACCGAACAUGGCCCGACAAGACUAUCGAGAAGGCCCCUCGCUGGCUGUCGAGUUGUCUGCGCGAUGGAAACCAGAGUCUGCCUGACCCCAUGAACGGCGAGGAGAAGUGGCGCUACUUUAAGAUGCUGUGUGAUCUAGGAUAUAAGGAGAUUGAAGUCUCUUUCCCAUCCGCCUCCCAGACCGACUUCGACUUCACCCGACGCCUGAUCGAGACCCCUGGAGCUGUUCCUGACGAUGUCUUCCUACAAGUCCUGUCGCCCUGCCGACCUGACCUCAUCCGCAGAACUGUUGAGUCUGUUCGCGGUGCCAAGAACGCCAUUAUUCACAUCUACCUCGCUACAAGUGCUUGCUUCCGUCAAGUUGUUUUCGGCUACUCUGAGGAGCAAACCCUGGAGCUUGCUGUCGAGUGCACCAAGCUGGUCAGGUCUCUGACCAAGGACAACCCUGAGGCCUCUGGAACUAACUGGCAGUUCGAAUUCUCGCCCGAGUGCUUCUCCGAUACCGACCCCGACUACGCCGUGAGAGUUUGCCAGGCCGUCAAGGCUGCCUGGGGGCCCAAUGCCGAGGCUGGUGAUCAAAUUAUCUUCAACCUCCCCGCCACGGUCGAGCUGGCUACACCCAACAUUUACGCCGAUUUGAUCGAGUCUUUCUGCAACAACAUUGGAGAUAGACAGGAUAUUUGCGUGUCUCUGCACCCCCACAACGAUCGUGGAUGCAGUGUCGCUGCCGCUGAGCUGGCUCAGAUGGCUGGAGCUGACCGUGUCGAGGGAUGUCUGUUCGGUAAUGGUGAACGAACUGGAAAUGUCGACCUUGUCACCCUGGCUCUUAACCUCUACACACAAGGUGUCAGCCCUAACAUUGACUUCUCUGACCUGAACUCAGUUAUCGACAUGGUCGAGUCUUGUACUAAGAUCCCCGUUCACCAGCGUGCUCCUUACGGUGGCAGUCUGGUUUGCGCCGCCUUCUCCGGCAGCCACCAAGAUGCUAUCAAGAAGGGAUUCCAGGACCGCAAGAACAAGGGACUCAGCGACGAGGACCCCUGGAACGGCAUGCCUUAUCUGCCCCUGGACCCCCGCGAUAUUGGCCGAAACUACGAGGCUAUCAUUCGUGUCAACUCCCAGUCCGGAAAGGGAGGAAGCGCAUUCAUCGUUCACACCAAGCUCCAGCUCGACCUUCCCCGUGGUCUCCAGGUCGCCUUCUCCAAGGUUGUGCAGAAGCGCAGCGAGGAGGUUGGACGCGAGCUUUUGGCUUCUGAGAUCACCUCGCUGUUCGAGCGAACAUACUUCCUCAGCGAGAACCCCCACUUCCAGCUGGUCGACUACAGCAUCACCCCCGACCGAUCACGCUCUCCUGCACCUGCUGCCCAGGGCAGAACUCAGGACACCAAGGACUUUAUCCGUAUUUUCGAGGGUGUCAUUCUGGUGAAUGGCAAGGAGCUCAAGUUGCGUGGCCGGGGCAACGGUCCCAUUUCCAGUAUGGUUGCUGCUCUUAAGGAGAUCAACAUUGAGUUCGAUGUCAACGACUACAAGGAGCACGCUAUCGGUGAGGGACGUGGCGUCAAGGCUGCUUCUUACAUCGAGUGUAAGCCUGUUGGCAGCAAGCACUCUGUCUGGGGUGUUGGUAUCCACGAGGAUGUUGUCCAGAGUUCUCUGAUCGCUCUGCUGAGCGCUGCUAGCAACUUUGUUACCAGCCGACCUCCCAGCCCUCUGUCCAAGACUGAGACCGCCCCUGCUUCCCAAGAGCCCUCAAGCAUCGUCUCCAUCCUGGAGGAGAAGGCUAAUGAUAUGUAG